CCCAACUCCUACAUCUGCAAAACAUACCACCUCUCAACGUUUCCAACAGUCUCCAUUGCUAGCGGUUAAGUUGAGUUCCAUGCUCAUGCUCAAUCUCAUAUCACAACAAGGAAAGACAACGCCCUCAUCAUGACCAAACAGACAAACGACGACGCCAGCCGCGAGUCCCCACGCCACAUCGAACUGGCAGAUGACGAGAACCGCAGCAAAGACAACACCAACGGCGAACCUAGUCCUGCCUUGACGGACAGCAAAGGCUGGGAUGGCAAGCUACGCAUCGAACGCAACGCCGUCCUGCAGAACCACGCGGCCCUGUCAGAUCCAGAGUAUUCGGACGAGGAGAAUGUCUUCCCCGGCGACGAGAUUUCGGCCGAUGAAGAUCUCUUGGAUGACGAGGACCCUGAAACUGAAGACAUCUCGCUCACACACUCGCGAAUUGGGAAUAUUCCAGCACUCCGGCUAGACAGAUUCAAGCAUGUCGUGCGGCUGUGCCUCCGUCAGAACGUCAUUCAGCAUAUCGAGGGGUUGUCGAGUCUGGGCCCCACCAUGCAAGAGUUGGACCUCUACGACAACCUCAUUUCACAUGUCAGAGGCUUGGACGAUCUGGUCAACCUCACUUGUCUCGAUCUGAGCUACAACAAGAUCAAGCACAUCAAGCAUAUCGAACAUCUGACGAAACUGACCGAUUUGUUCCUCGUAUCCAACAAGAUCAGUUCCCUCGAUGGCCUGGCGACCCUGACCAACUUGCGACAACUUGAACUCGGGUCGAAUAGGAUCAGGGAGAUCAAAAACCUCGACUCUCUCCAGAACCUGGAGCAACUGUGGCUUGCCAAGAACAAAAUCACCGAAAUAAAGGGUCUGGCCAACCUGCCCAAAUUGAAGCUCCUCAGCAUCCAGUCGAACCGUAUCAAAGAUCUGUCGCCCUUGCGCGAAGUUCCGCAGCUGGAGGAGUUGUACAUUUCGCACAACGCGCUCGAGAGUCUCGAUGGGCUCGAGGCCAACACGAAGCUAAAUGUCGUUGACAUAUCAAACAACAUGAUCAAAAGUUUGCAAGGCCUUGGUCCGUUGAAGCAACUUGAGGAGUUUUGGGCAAGUCACAAUCAGAUUGGCGAUUUUGCCGAAGUGGAACAUGAAUUGGCCGACAAGGAGGACUUAACAACCGUCUACUUCGAAGGGAACCCGUUGCAGUUGAGACAACCAGCAUUAUACCGGAACAAAGUGCGUUUAGCACUACCACAGUUGAAGCAGAUCGAUGCAAGUACGUUAUGGAACCCCAAUUCGACCCACAAUGCUGAAUGGCAACUAACACAAGACGUAGCUUUUGUGUUGGCAACAUGAGGUGUUUUUCCGUAGUGAGUGAGUGAGUGAGUGAGUGAAUGAAAGGAUACACCAAUAAUAAAUUUGAUAACGACGUCCAAUGAGUUAUGACACGGUCUGAGGCUUUCGGCGGCUUGUCGAGGAGCUCAUAGCGAGGCGUUUCGGGGAUAUGGGGAGGAAUCAAACUUGAACCAACACACCACGCAGUCGUGGAUGGAGCUUCAGCGCACUUUGGGUUAUGCAGCAAUGUUUUAGAGAGUGGUGUCAGUCUCCUGAGCUAGAGAACAGCGCUCAUGUUUGGUGGUCAUCAUAGGGACACGAAGACGUU